AUGGCCGGUGUCCUGAGCAAGCGCCAGCAGGCGCGUAACGAAAAAGUCCUCCACGAUCUGGUCCAGUCCGUACCGGGGAACAACUUGUGCGCCGAUUGUCAGGCGCGGAACCCAGCAUGGGCCUCUUGGAGUCUGGGCGUGUUCCUUUGCAUGAGAUGUGCCGCUAUCCAUCGAAAGUUGGGAACCCACAUCUCAAAGGUGAAAUCCCUGAGCAUGGACAGCUGGUCUAAUGAACAAGUGGAGAAUAUGAAAAAGGUCGGAAACGUCAGGUCCAACCAGAUUUACAACCCCGAUAACAAGAGACCUCCCGUCCCCGUCGAUGCCGACGAAGCUGAUUCCGCCAUGGAACGAUUCAUCCGCACCAAAUACAUGAACAACAUCCCCAUCCCCACGAGGAAGCAACACUCGGGCCUUUCAGACGAGGGCGUUCCUCCGCCGCUGCCACCAAAGUCGGGAGGAAAGUUUGGGUUCAGAUCAGCCUCGUCAAUCUUCCCGCUAUCAUCCCGGCUAAGAAAAGAUUCGUCACUGCGUAACACCAUGUCGAGCCCCCGAGAGCCGCGAAGCCCCUCGCCCAGCGAUUUGCCGAACAAGCCCUCCAAGGUGUUUGGCGCAAGCGUGUCGUACGAGCAGGAAGAUACAGAGAGGAAGUUGGCCAGUCUGAGGGACAUGGGAUUCUCCGACGGCCAACGCAACGCAAUGGUGUUGAAAGGCGUGAACGGAAACCUGGAGCGCGCGAUCGAGACACUGGUGCGGUUGGGCGAGAGCGACAGGCGGUCACCGUCUUUGACAGGACCUCGCGAGAGCUCUUUGCGCGCGACACGCUCGCACGCAAACCUAUCAACGUCUAGUGGACUGUCUGCGCCGCAUCAGACAUUCAGUGACCACCCCCAGUCGCCUUCGACAGCCUCCAGCAACAACCCCUUUGACAUGCUGCCGCCGCAGCCUCAGUCUUCUCAAUCGACCGGCACGCUACAGAACAAAAACCCUUACGCGAACAACCCGUUCGGGGCUCCCACGCAGCAGCAGCAAGACAUCGCCCAGGCUUUCGGCAAUAUGUCCCUUGCGCCCGCGCAGCCCCUUUUCCCGCACCACACAGGCGGAUUGCCGGCUUCCCAGCCGUUUGCCCAGCCUCAGCAGAUGUACCAGCAGUCAAUGACGCCUCCCAUCCCGCAGCAGCAGCACCAGCAGCAGCACCAGCACGAGCAGCAAAACUACAACCCCAUGAGCUUUAAUAGUAAUACGACAUAUCCCCAACCCAUCCAGCCGCAAGCAACGGGCUACAACCCAUUCUUUACGAACCAGGCCCAGCCUCAGCAGCAACAAAACCUUGCAGUUAACACGGGGCAAUCAUCAAACCCAUAUGCGAACAACCCGUUCACUCGAUCUCCGACAAGGAUCCAGUCGCCUUCGCUAGGCCAGAUACCCGAGCAGUCACAAUCCAACUUCUACAUGGAUUCUCCGCAGACAAUGACGCCGCAGAGCAGCAAUCCCUUCUUUGCACAGCUGGGCUCGCAACCUACAGGGCAACAGCAGGUACCACAGCAGCAGCAGCAGCAGCAGAUGUACCAGCAACCAUUCCAGCGAGAGCAGGCAUUCGGUCAGCAGCAACAGCAGCAACAUAACCCCUACCAGCAACAGCAAGAAAACACUUUCCAGCAACCGGGGCAGCAACCAUUCCAGCAGCAGGCGCAACACCCGUUCCAGCAACAGGAGAUGCCACAGCAACAAUACCAAUCUCCUGCUCCGCAACCUGCGUACCAGCAACCUCAACGACCAGACAAGGCUUCAAUUCUGGCAUUGUACAGUCAGCCGCAGCUGGCCCCUCAGCCUUUUGCACCCCAAGCCCAGGCGCAGACGCAGGAUGCCCACCCCGAGGUCGCGGCGCCUCAGCAACAAAGCCAAGAGGCAGCGAGCGGAUCCAUGGCAGCGGGAAGCAAGAACCCAUUUUUGAUGAAUGGUGGUGGUGGUGGCAUGUCACCGCCACCACAACAGGCAAUGGCGGCUCCCGUCGCGAAUACCGUCGGGCCGCGCAAGGCGGGCGUCAGUCGCGAGAGCAUGGCAUUUACGGAUAUGCAGUGGACGAACGGGCGACACAGCCCCGAUGCGUUUGCCAGUCUAAGCGCGCGGCACAUGUGA